AGAAAUAGGGUCACUAAUGUGAAAUCCCUAUAAAUUGAACAAUAUUAAAGUUCCAGUUGUUGUUUUUUAACAGCGUUCAUUUAGUACUGGCUGUGAUAAAAUAUUGUGGUAGAUUACCUUUGAACACCCCUAGUUACGUAAUGGUUUAGCUUAUCAUUUCUGAACAGCGGAAGGAGGAGGACGUCCAUGAACAACAGCUUAUUUAUCCCAACAGAAGACAUCCAUACUAUGUGGCUACCUGGCAAGUAAAAAAUCCACGACACAAUGCAAGCAUAGAUGACAACCCACCCCUCUAAACAGACAAACCACUUCAACUUCAAACAAUUCUCUCAUCCAACAUCCCGGUCCUCCCUUCAAUGCCUAACACUGGGGAUAGUUUAGGACCUAAUGUGUCUGGGAGUCAGCCCGGCGACCAGGCUACGCCCCAGCCCCAGCGACCCCCACCCCCUCGCAGAGAGGAUGACCAACGCGGCCUGCUGACCACUCUCACCCAGGACUCCCUGAGGGCCCGGAGAGCCUCCAGCGCUGACCUACAGCUCCCAUGGACCUGCCCUGUCACUCACUCCAGAGAGAAGUUCUACACGGUCUGCUCAGACUACGCCCUCCUCAACCAGGCUGCCUCUUUCUACCGGCCCCCCGGCAGCACCCCCAGAGAGGUGGCCCCCAGCAAGCAGGAUGGCAGCGGGGCCCCAUUAGUGAAGUCCAACACUGUGGACCUGUCCCAGGGUCAGGGGCAGCAUGACGGCGUAGAGGAGGUCUCGGACGAGGACUUUGACAUGGAGGGGGUGUCCUGCAGCAACACCAAGCCUAUCCUGGCUUGGGAGAUUGAUACCACUAACUUUGAUGCUGUGCUAACUCGAAAGCCCAGGACAAGCAACAUAAAGAGAGUCAGUACUAAGAAGAUGAAGUCUUCAGGGGGCAGUAGGAACCUGCAGGACCUUCCUCUCCACGCCUCGCAGGACGACAUCAAACAGAGAAAAGUUCUGGACCUCAGGAGAUGGUACUGUAUCAGCCGCCCCCAGUACAAGACGUCAUGUGGGAUAUCUUCAUUAGUUUCCUGCUGGAACUUUCUGUACAGCACACUGGGAGCAGGGAGUCUCCCACCCAUCUCCCAGGAGGGGGCUCUUCAGAUCCUAGGCUUCCAGCCUCCUUUUGAGGAGAUCAAGUUUGGUCCCUUUACAGGCAACGCUACUCUGAUGAGAUGGUUCAGGCAAAUCAAUGACAAUUUCCGUGUCCGUGGAUGUUCCUAUAUUCUGUACAAACCCCACGGGAAACACAAGACAGCAGGAGAGACCGCUGAGGGGGCGCUGUUGAAGUUGACCCAGGGGUUAAGGGAUGACACCAUGGCCUACAUUUACCACUGUCAGAACCACUACUUCUGUCCUGUGGGCUUCGAGGCUACACCGUUCAAAGCAGCCAAGGCCUACAGGGGUACAUUACCAACUAAUGAAAUGGAACACUGGAUUCUGAUUGGUGAACCAAGCAGGAAACACCCUGCUAUUCACUGUAAAAAGUGGGCUGAUAUUGUUACAGAUCUCAACACACAAAAUCCAGAAUACCUUGAUAUUCGCCACACGGAGAGGGGUAUUCAGUGCCGCAAAACCAAAAAGGUGGGAGGGAACCUUCACUGCAUCAUGGCCUUCCAGAGGGUCAACUGGCAGAAGCUUGGCCCCUGGGCCCUCAACCUGGAGAACCUGAGGCAUGACCUCCACCACCAGGGGUCUGAGAGGGCCCAGGGGGGCUUAGCAGAGGCCCAGGAGGACAGGGAGAAGACCUCAGGAAAACACCAGGCUUUGGCCCGGCUAGGCCGCUCCAACAGCACAGGCACCAGUAACCAGAAGGACGUAGCUUGGAAAUGCCUGUCUAACACCACCGAGUACAGACACAGGAGCUCAGCUGAGAGCGAUCUCGAAGAAGAUACCACAGAUGACUGAGACUCAGUGAGAAGGCUGUGGAAUUAAUUAGUGCUGCUAAAAUAUGCUGGUUAGUAUAUCUAACAUUCUCAUGGUUUUCACCAAAAAGGAAAGCCAAAGUGUUAUUUUAUCCCAUCUAGCACACUUAUAGUAUCGUCAAGAUUCCCAUCAAGGAUUUUGCUGGAUUAUUCUGAUGGAAAGUUCGUACAACAUACAAGUUGAUACACUUUAGUGUGAAAACGACGUUUAAUCAUCUAGCAAAUGUAUAGAUGUGCAGGUAGCUUAUUGGUUAAGAGCGUUGUGCCAGUAACCGAAAGGUCGCUGGUUCUAAUCCCCGAGCCGACUAGGUGAAAAAUC